GAAGUCAUGUGCUUGUCCCGUGAUCAAAUGCGGAAGUGUUGAAAUAUAUCCAUAGCGACAACAGUUUACCCUCUCUAUUUCAUAUAGAUUUUGCUGUUUUAUUUUCUGCAUUUCUCAGAGAAAUGGAAGGAUAUGCCAAAACAUCACUUAGCACCACGUAUGCUGGAGCCCCGGAUUUCAGAGGGAAUGACAGUUCUCUGGUAUCUGCUCUGAAAACUCUUCUCUUCUUCACCAUCCUGAUGGUCACCCUGCCCAUAGGACUGUACUUCGCAUCAAAGGCAUACAUCUUUGAAGGUUCCCUACAGAUGUCUACCUCAGACAGUUAUUUCUAUGCUGCCAUCGUAGCUGUGCUGGCCGUACAUGUGGUUCUGGCUUUGUUUGUCUACGUGGCCUGGAACGAGGGCUCCACCAAGGACAAGGGGAAACACGACUAACCCUUAACCUGGCCGUGCUGCUGGCCCAGAGAAGGCCUGGACCAAGCCACUUCCAGCCCCAACCCAGCCUGGCUUCUCUCCAUCCCCCACCCCAGCCUGGCUUCUCUCCAGCCCCAACCCAGCCUGGCUUCUCUCCAUCCCCCACCCCAGCCUGGCUUCUCUCCAGCCCCCACCCUGCCUGGCUUCUCUCCAGCCCCAACCCAGCCUGGCUUCUCUCCAGCCCCCAACCCCCUGUUUGACCAGCCCCCAACCCAGCCCCCAACCACCGCCUGGCUUCUCUCCAGCCCCCACCCCACCCCCUCUGUUUGACCAGCCCCCAACCCAGCCCCCUGUUUGACCAUCCCCCAACCCAGCCCCCUGUUUGACCAGCCCCCACCCAAGCCCCCUGUUUGACCAGCCCCCACCCCAGCCCCCAACCCAGCCCCCUGUUUGACCAGCCCCCUGUUUGACCAGCCCCCAACCCAGCCCCCUGUUUGACCAGCCCCCACCCCAGCCCAACCGCCAUGGAGGGGUUCAUACCGAGUCCAUCUCCUGGUGUUAGGAGAGAAUAAUGUAUUGGCUGUUUCUGAGCUUCUGCUCAGUGUAUUUUGUAACAUACUGAACACCUUCCCUGUCAUGUGUUACAGCCUGUGUCAUAAACUGGGCCCUGGCCAGAGACGGCCGUGAAAUGCCAGUUCACAACUGGAGCGUGCAUGUAGAAAUGUAUUGUCUGCGUCCAACCCUAUUCCCUAUUUAAUGCACUACGUUUGACCAGGGCCCGUAAGGCUGCUUGACCAGGGCCCCGUAAGGCUGCUUGACCAGGGCCCCGUAAGGCUGCUUGACCAGGGCCCCGUGAGGCUGCUUGACCAGGGCCCCGUUGACCAAACGUAGUGGAUUAUACAGGGAAUAAGGUGCCAUUUUGUUUUCUGUGUGUUUAAAUCAUGUCACUGCUGUUGUGGUUGGAUCCGUCCUUGUUGACCGGAUUCAUUUAAGAACGUUGUGUUUUUGUGCGACUGUCUGUAGACGUUUAUUUUUGGUUGUAAUUUGAUGUCUCCAGAAGUGUAGUAUAAUCGUCAGGGUACUCAAGAGUAGCAUUUUAACUCCAGAGUGUUUGUUAUGAUGAAACAUUAAACAAAUCAAAUGAUCCAUACUU